AUGAGACAGCUUCGCGGAGCGGGUAUUGUCCCAUGGUGGAUCCUUGUGGCAAGGAAGCAAGAAGGAGGAUCCCCGCAGCGGCAUUUGCUCUGGGGAAGGUAUCCUGGAAAGCUGACGGCACAGGCAUUCCGGAAGACUUUAGAGGCCGAGCUGGACUCAGGCGGUGAGGCCCCGAGUUCGACCAAUUACUUUACCCGCAGCAUUGACCUUCCUGCCGCCUCUGAUCUCUGCAAACACUUGGAAAACGCCCACGCGGUCUACCUCGACGUAGAGCAGAGCGCAAGCCUCGACGCAGAGGUCAUCAAGGCAGACAUUGUCAUCAGUCUUGUGCCUCCGGCGUCGCACGUUGCCGUCAUAAAGUCUGCCAUUCGAAAUCAGAAGAAUGUCGUCACUACUAGUUACGUCUCACCGGCUAUGCGAGAGCUUGACGCAGCUGCCAAGGCAGCAAACAUUAUCGUGCUCAACGAAUGCGGCUUAGACCCUGGCAUUGACCAUCUCCUCGCCGUCUCGACCAUCGACCGAAUUCAUAAAAAUGGCGGCCUGGUGCGAGAUUUUCGUUCGUAUUGCGGCGCUCUGCCAGCACCAGAAUGCUCAGACAAUCCUCUGGGAUACAAAUUCUCGUGGGCGCCUCGAGGUGUCUUCAUGGCAUUGAAGAGCGGCGCUAGAUACUAUCGAGAUGGCAAAGUCACAGCUGUCACUUCGGACGAUCUAUUGGACAAGCUCGAGACUGUUCCCGCGCCUGCGGUCCAUGGACUCGUUGCAUACCCCAAUCGAGACUCGACAGCAUAUCGCAAACUAUACGGCUUAUCCGAAGCUAAAUGCGUCAUGCGUAAUACCUUGCGAUACUCCCAAUUUCCACCUAUCGUCAAAACUUUGUCAGAUCUUGGGCUGCUUUGCGACGAGAUGUGUGAAUAUCUAGAGCCGUCAACUGAAAAGCUCACGUGGAAAGAUCUAAUGCGACUCGUUCUGGAUACUAAAUCUUCCGAUGGGACGAGUCUCAAACGGGCGAUUGAAUCGAAGACGUCAUUCUCUUCAGACGAGUCGAAGGCCCAGAUUCUCGCUGGGAUCGAAUGGCUGGGUCUCUUCUCGGACGAGAUUGUGACACCUCGUCACACGCCGCUCGACACUCUUUGUACCACACUCGAGCAGAAGCUGAGGUACGAGGAAAAUGAGCGGGACAUGGUGAUACUUGAGCAUCAAUUCGAAAUUGAGCAUGACAAUGGCGACAUGGUAAGCAAACAAACCCCCGAAAAGAUCAGGACUAAUGUACAACAGGAGACAAGACGUGUUUCAAUCAAGCGCUUCGGCGAUCUUCAGGGUCAAUCGGCGCUCUCUACCCUCGUUGGAGUUACCGCUGCGGUUGCAGCGCAAAUGAUCAUACAAGGCCGGCUUUCACAGCGCGGUGUGGUUGCACCAGUGAACAUCCAUGUUGCCAAGGCUAUGCUUACUGAACUCAAGAAAUAUGGGAUCAAACCACGAAUACACUCUGCCAGAGAGCCGGCUUAA